AUGAGCGUUGUCGAUACUCGAGGACCUUUCUAUCUUUACAAGUUCGGAGACAAGGCCGAAAAACAAAUGGACGAGUUCAAAGUGUUUCCCACCCCAGAGCCCUACAUAGCAAGAUCCUCGGAUCCUUACUAUACCCCCUACUACACAUACACCGCGAACGCCAACUCAGCAUUGCUUUCUCCGUCAUCCUCGUCGAACGAGUCCGAAACAGAAUCCACCGCCUCCGCAGACUCGCGUGAGGCCUCGACCUCGCGCGCCUCUCACCACUCGCAUGAUUCCGGCUCAGGCCGUCACAAGUUCAAGUGCACGUACCCGGGCUGUAAAUACAAGGGCACGUUUCUGUCCAAAGAUUACCUACGCAGACACAUUAGAGAGCAACACCGAAAAACAAAAUUACAUGCCUGUGAGGGCAGAAACAAAGACGACACCGUUUGGGGGUGCUCCAAGAAAUUCAGCAGACCCUAUCAAUUGAUCAACCACUGGCGGGGCCAACGGUCGCUGAAGAAGUGCGGUGUGCCAGCAGAAGAGCUCAUGCGCUAUGGGAUCAUCUAA